CGCGGCUAGUUCAAGUUGCCAUAGCAGAGAGAAGCUGAGGACUGUUCUUCUGUUAGCUUUCAGCCUUUCUGCGACAAACCAACGGCUCUUUUCUAACGUAUUCACAGCGGUAGGAUUUAUUCACGGUGUUUCCGCUGGAUGUGUGCGGAGUUUUGUCGUUUUUACGGUAAUGUCACACGGCUAAAUUAGUUGGCUAACGGUGGGUUAGCUAGCUAACGGUCAUAGUAGUUGCCACUUGUUGCUACCAGGAGGAGCAUCACUUCAACAAUGCUCAGCACUGUGACUGAUGGAGAGGAGGGCAGUUUGAGCUGUAGCGUGUUGCUGGUCAGAUAGCUUCCUGUCUCCACUGGUUGUUGAGGUAACAAUGGUAAAGCUCCCAUUUCCGCUCGCUAUGACAAACAUAUCUAUUGUUAAUAACGUCCUAAACCAGCCCAGGUUGUUUGUUAAGCUGAUUAACGUCACAGUUAACAGUUAACGUUUUCCGCAGACGGAGCUAGUGCUGGUCACUAAUCGUCAGAUUUGCCCAGUCAGCCGUUUUUCCUCUCUGUCACUGUAAACCCGCCCUGUCCCCAAACUAUGAACACAUCCAGUGAGUCGGACUCAUACGACAGGACCCGGGGGCAGAGGCCUCGGGGGCGUGAAGCCCACCGCAGAGCUGCCCGGGACAGGGGCAGAUCCAGUGAUGGUCGAGCCGCAGACAUCUCCGAGAAGAUCAGCACACUGGCGAGCACCUUACAGGACACCAGCAGGAACUUGACCAAAGUAGACCGGAUGCUGGGCCAGUACAGGGAGCACACAGAUGACCAGGCUGAAGCCAUGACACUGCUCAGGGAAAACCUGGAGGAGUCAAUCAGUCAGCUGCAGACUCAGAGGUUGAGCAGAUCCAAUGGGGCUCGGAGCACUUCAGGUUCAGUCUCCACCCUUCACACCAGUGACCUGGAGGAUUGCUCGGGAUCAGAUGGCCAGCGUUUCUUCCCUACAUCACCGCUGAGGGACUAUACAAGCACUCCAGGAAGGAGGAGGAGGUCUCAGUCUGCCGGUGUUCGCUUCAAGGAUGCCAGCCUCUCGGGAGAAGAUGUCCACGCUUUGCACCAGUCCUUGAGGGAUCUGCGUUGUGACCAGCAAAGAAUAUCUCAUGACCUGGAUAGAGAAAUCCUCAGGAGAAAUAAGUCUGAUAUCGACACCAGGCGAGCGAUGGAGAGCCUCACAGAGCACAUGACAACUAACCCAAGACAGGCCUCGGUGUCGUCUCGUGUGGAGCGGCGUCUGCAGGAGCUGGAGAGAGAGAUGCAUACUGAGCAAAGCAGCGUGGCAAGGGAGAGAAGGCCCAAUCAGCGGGUGGCCAUGUCUGACGAGCUGCAGGAGACCUCAGGGAGACGUCAAGUUCAAGAGGAGGCCGUGACAGCCAGGCUACUGAGAGCAGACAGGGAGAAGACCAAGGUGGAGCAGGAGCUGGAGAGAGCUAGAAGACUACUGGAGCAGUCUGAGGACAGCAGAGAGUCCCUUGUUCAACAGGUGGAGGACAUGCGCAGUGAGCUGCUGAGGACGAGGAGGGAGAGGACCGAGCUUCAGAGGGCCCGGCUGGAGACUUCUCAGCCCAUUGCUCAGCCACAUGGCAACCACACCGACAGGGAGGAGGGGCAGCGAGGGUCAGAUCGUUUGAGCCUGGAGAAAGAAGUGGCAGAGCUGCGAGCACAGCUGCGCACAGCCUCAGUCCUCAGUGAGGUUGAAGAACUGAAGAGGACUCUGGACCGCAAGGAGAAGGAGAGGGUCCAACUCAGCUUACAGGUGGAGGAAUUGUCAUCAGACCUGGUGCGGCGGGAGCAACAGCAGCUACGAAUGCUGGAACAGCUGAAGGAGAUGCAGAGCCGAGGGCAGGCAGAGAGGAGGGAGACAGAGGCGUUACUCCAGGAGAGCACGAGGAGCAGAGAUGAAUUGAAGACCAGGGCCCAAGAGGCUGUGCGCCAGUGGAGGGCAAAGUGCAGGAGGCUGCAGAAGGAGCUGGAGGAGGAGAGGGCCCAGGCUCAAUUCCAUACCGACAAGGCCUCGCAGGCAGCCAGGGAAAAGGAGAGCUCUCAGGCCCAGCUGAAGGCGCUGAGCCAGCAGACUGAGGCGGCCCGCAGGGAGCUCGCUGAAAUCCUAGGCCGCUUGGCCCAGCGCGAGGAAGAACUCCACCGCAAGGACGUGGAGCUGUCUGAGACCCGCCAGCGCCAGUUGUCACUGGAGCAGGAAAUCCGGGAGGUGAGGGAGGCCUCGGCUGCCCUGGAGGAGGAGACUCUGCGUCUGGCCACCAUCCAGACAAGACUGAAGGAAGAGAACCAGAGGCUGGAAGAACAAGCUGACAGCCGAGCCCGUCGCUGUCAGAGAGACCAGGACACGCAGGCUGACCUCCAGGCCGCCCUAAAGCAGAUGACCUCAGCCCAUGCUCAGCUCGUCCAGCAGUUAGCUGAGGAGGAGAGCUCCAAGAAGAAGCUCCAGAAGGGCUCCAUGGAGCUACAUGCCAAGCUGACAGCAGUGCAGGAGGAGCGGGCUGCGCUGGGGCAGCAGCUGCAGCUCGAGAGAGAGGUGCAUCAGAAAGAACUGGACAACACGAAGGCGAUGAUGGAGGAGAGCAGGACGAAGAAGUAUCGUGAAGUGCAGGACAUGCUAAAGCUCUGCCGGGAGGAGCGGGAUGAAUUACAGGCGCACCUGAAGGAGGUUAAGGCAGAUGCAGCGUCAGACAAGGAGCUGUGUGGGGCGUUACGCAUCAAGUUGGACAGGAUGAAGGAUGAGUGUGAUAAGCUGGCAGCACAGCUGAGCACAAAAGACGAGGCACAUGCACUCCUCCACAGAAAGUACCAGCUACUCAAACAGGAACUGGAAGACAAAGUCAGGUCAGGUGAGCGGAGACGUGCUUCAGAGUCGGAGCUUGUUAAGCUGGAGGAGAAGGUGUUGCGGAUGGAAGCAGAGCAGGAGGCAGUCCUUACCUCCAUGGGCGAGGAACUAGAUGCAGCUUGUCGCAGCCUUGCGAAGAACGGUGAAGACAAACUACAGGCAAUCUCCCAGAAACCUGGAUUAGUGAAAGACCCUCACCGCUGGCUGGCUGAGACAAAGACCAAGAUACGCUGGCUGUGUGAGGAGGUGCGGGAAUGCAACACAAGAGAACAGCGCCUCAGGAAGCAGCAACAACAGACCAGGGAUCAGUUGAAGGCCCUCAGGCAGAGUCGGGACUCAGAGCAGGAGGCUCUCCUGCAGCGUCUGGACCAACAGGAGAAGCUGCUGCACUCCGUCAGCACUGAAAAGAGAGAGCUGCUGGAGAAGAGUCGCAGGAAGGAGGAAGAAAUGAGGAGCCUUCAGGAUCGCGUUUUGGAUCUGGAGAUGAACACACGAGUCGCCCUGGACCACCUGGAGUCGAUUCCAGAGAAACAAUGUCUGAUGGAGAACUUUAAAGAUUUGGAGGAGUCACAGCGACAGAGGGAGCAGGUAGAGCAGCGUUACACCAAAUACAAAGAGAUCGUCUGGGACCUGCAGCACCAGCUGGAUGAGUCCAAACGCAGGAUCCAGGAGUACAGAGAUGAGAAACUGGACGCCACCUCCAGGAGCCUGAGACUGGCUGCUCUUUCUUCCUCCAUGAAAGGCCCCAGCACGUUCCUCAGCAGCUCACUGAGAUCUGACACACUGUCUCCUCACAAACGCCUGACCACUUCAGACUUGGAUGACUCCCCAGUCAACGGGGCCAAACCCCUCACAGAUUAGCUCAACCGCAAGUGACCCUUUAUCUGUAUCCGUCCAAACCCAAACACACGGUGCUUCCGGCUGAUUCUACCUGCCUGCUGCUCAUCCAGAACAAAGAAACAACCUGAGUGCACAGGGAGGCCCUGCUCUCAACACUAAUCCUCCUCCACUACCUCAACCAGGCAAUCACUGGAGGUGCUCAGGAGCAGAGGGGUGAGACUGUGACACUCACAGCAAACUUUGGAGGAGAUUUAAGUUUGGACACUGGAGCAGAGGACGUACUGUAAAGUGUUUAAAUGCUAUUUAUAACUUCAAUUGAAUGUAUUUAACAAUUUGUAAACCAAAAGUUUUACAUUUCAUGCCAUCGUACCAACACUUUAACAGCUGUUAAAUAUUGUUUACUUUAUGAUCAGUCUGUGCUCAGAUGAGUUGGUGUAAUUCCCCAAACUAAACACUGGUGCCUUUUGAACAAUGUGUAAUUUUGUUUUUCUACAAACAUACUGUUGUUUUCAUCAUGAAAAUGUGACAUCUGUAUUUCUUAAUGGCUUUAUAUUUUUUGUUUUUAAUGCAGUAUAUAUUUGAAAGCACAAAUAGAUGUCUAUUUUUUAUGAAAUGUGAAGGAAGUAUAUGCACUAUGAAUAAAUCCCCAUACAGCCAAAUGUCUGGUUUCAUAAGCACACUUGAUGUCCGCCUCAUUUCAGACUCAAGUGUUUGCUUUGCAGCAGCUCAGAGAUUCCAGAUACUCCCACCGGACUAUCUUUUAUGCUUUUUUGCUAAAACCCUUCAUUGGAGAGAACAACCUACAGCCACAUGAGACAGAAAAGUCUUCUUUUAAUUUACUGCUCAGCCUCAAAGACGUAAACACACUACCUGC